GGUGUUCGUUCACGCAACCUAUAUUCUUUAUCCAUGUGUCAUCUAUAUAUAACUCACGCUCCUCCUUCUGUAGUAUUAUGUCUCUUUGAACGUUCAACGACUAAGAAUCUGCGUACUAUCCUAUUUCCUUUUCAAGUCUGAAUUGAGAUUAUGGAAACAAUGGAGGCUAUGUAUAGGCUGGUGAGAGAGUACGAGUCCAAGAGCAUUAUCCGUAGAGUUGACACGGAUAAUGUGAACUUGCAUGUGGCAUGUGGGAAGGGCAUCAUCGUGGUUAUAAAUCUUAUAGAAUUCAAAACGAGUACUGGAGCUGAAUCAUGUUGUGAACAACGCUUGGAUAUAAGUGUCAAUCAGGCGCAGUUAGAUGAAGAAACUACUGUGGGAAUCCUCUCUGUUGUAGGAAACUUUAAGAUUCAAGCAAAAGAGAUAACUGACGACGAUGUGGAGUGGUGUGCUCGGUUUCAAGAUGGUAGUCUUUUACGUUUUAAGUCAAAAGAUCAGUCAUGGAAUUCUUCUGGCAGUGAUAAAAAAAUGAAGAAGGUGGAGCGAAUGAUGUUCCUACCAAAGAAGACUAAAGAGAAGAGGAUGAAAGAGAUGGAAAAUGAGACGGUGGGGUGGGAUGGCUGAGAUGAUUCUUUGACCACCAAAAAUACUAUUUAGAAAUUGGAAUCACAAUUAUACCAAAUUGGAAUCACAAUUAUGCGCAGCCCAGUGAUUAUUUCAUCCUCCUUAAUGAGGUCACUUCAGCUUAGAGAAGAAAGAACAGAAUCUUUCAGUUUUAUGAUUAAUUGAUGACAUACAACUAAUUACAAAGUGGCAAGAAAUAGUGAUGAAUGUAUAGAUACCUGCUACGACAUGAAACUAUGGAAACAAAUUGCUAUGUUAGCAUGAGUAAGGACUAUGUUGAUAGCUGAGUGUGUAAUGGCAAUGGUGAUUGAAGUUACACCCUAGGGGAUCACGAAAGUAAUAUGAUUAUGAAUGAAUUUAUGAUUCCAUAAUCAUUGAGAAAUAAGGACUUCGGAAUUUUGUACAUACGAUUAAAUGUAAUGAACGACAAUAAGUGUGACAAUACUAAUAUUAUGAGUUCAAUGUGCA